AUUGCACUUCGGAGACACGCGAGUGCAUGAAAACUCCGUGAGUUCCCUGGGAAAGGAAACCAUGCCCCCCAGGUCUCUCCCCAACCUCUCCUUUCCCACGGAGGCGAAUGAGAGCGAGUUGGAGCCGGAGGUGUGGGAAAAGGAUUUUCUGCCUGACUUGGGUGGGACCACCGCGGAGCUGGUGAUCCGUUGUGUGAUACCAUCCCUCUACCUAAUCAUCAUGUCGGUGGGUUUGCUGGGCAACAUCAUGCUGGUGAAGAUAUUCCUCACUAAUAGCGCCAUGCGGAGUGUCCCCAACAUCUUCAUCUCUAACCUGGCGGCUGGGGACCUGCUGCUGCUCCUGACCUGCGUCCCAGUGGACGCCUCCCGUUACUUCUUUGAUGAAUGGGUGUUCGGCAAGCUGGGCUGCAAACUCAUCCCGGCCAUCCAGCUCACCUCGGUUGGGGUUUCCGUGUUCACUCUCACGGCCCUCAGCGCCGACAGGUACAGAGCUAUCGUGAACCCCAUGGACAUGCAGACGUCUGGUGUGGUGCUGUGGACCAGUUUGAAGGCCGUGGGCAUCUGGGUGAUCUCUGUGUUGUUGGCAGUCCCUGAAGCUGUGUUUUCAGAAGUAGCACGCAUUGGUAGCUUGGAUAACAUCAGUUUCACAGCAUGCAUACCCUACCCACAAACAGAUGAGUUACAUCCAAAGAUUCAUUCCGUACUCAUUUUUCUUGUCUAUUUCCUCAUACCACUUGUUAUCAUCAGCGUUUAUUAUUAUCAUAUUGCAAAGACUUUAAUUAAAAGUGCACACAAUCUUCCUGGAGAAUACAGUGAACAUACCAAAAAGCAGAUGGAGACACGGAAACGCCUGGCUAAGAUUGUUCUGGUGUUUGUGGGCUGCUUUGUCUUCUGCUGGUUUCCCAACCACGUCCUCUACUUGUAUAGGUCUUUCAACUACAAGGAGAUCGAUCCUUCUCUUGGACACAUGAUUGUCACCUUAGUGGCCCGGGUUCUAAGUUUCAGCAAUUCCUGUGUCAAUCCCUUUGCUCUUUAUCUGCUCAGCGAAAGCUUCAGGAAGCACUUCAACAGUCAGCUCUGUUGCGGGCGGAAGUCCUAUCCUGAGAGGUCCACCAGCUACCUCAUCAGCUCUUCAGCAAUAAGAAUGACUUCUCUGAAAAGCAACACAAAGAAUGUGGUGACCAAUUCUGUCCUGCUCAAUGGACAUAGCACAAAGCAAGAAAUAGCACUGUGACUGGAGACAAUCGAAUUCAUUCUUGGA